AUGGAAGUGAACGGCGGCGGCGAGUCGGGGAAGAAGGUGAUGGUGGCGGUGGACGAGGACUGCUCCAGUUACUAUGCUCUCAUGUGGGUGCUGGAAAAUCUCCGGGAAUCCAUCGUCGCCUCUGGCAAUCCGCUUCUCAUCUACAUGGCUCGGCCCUCUCCCAAUACCAACCAUGUCUUGUCUUCCUCUCUCGGCUCCGCUCGCAUGUACUGCCCCAUCACACCCUGUUCUGAUUAUGUUAACAGUGUGAACGAGCAGAACAAGAUGGUUUCGCACGGCAUUCUGGAAAAAGCUAAGAGCAUAUGUUCCAGCCGUGGGAUAAAUGCUGAAACCAUUCUGGAAAUUGGGGAGCCUAAAGAAUCCAUAUGUAACGCAGUUAAAAAGCACAAGAUUAAGCUGCUCGUUAUGGCUGAACAUGAAAUUGGAACAAUCAAAAGGGCAUUUCUAUGGAGCGUGAGCAACUAUUGUGUUCAAUAUGCCAGUUGCCCAGUUCUUGUUGUGAAGAAACAAGAAGGAAGUAAGAAUCAAUGCAAUGUUCGAUAGAUGCACAGCUGUUUGUUUGUGUUUGUUAUAAAGAUUGUUUGACAUGGUGCUGUAAAUUAUCUACGCACCAUGGCAUUAUGUAUGGAUACAUAUAUUUUUGUUUUUCUUCUUUCUUUUGCCUUCCCUUUCCAGGUGUUUUCUGGCAUGAUCCAUGUUCUGUUGUAAUCCAGUGAGGGUAAAUUUGGCUUGCAAGUAUUGUAACAGAACCGGAUGUUAUUGUAAAAAGGCCAAAGUAUUGCUUAUUGAGUUACUA